CAGCGAGGGAGCUUGAAAGUCUCGAUUUCCCGCAAUCAAUUCUCGCAACAGCAUCAUCGCAUCACAUUUUCUCAACAGCGUCUUCCACACAAGCCUCAAUUAGCAGCAGCACCAGCAGCAGCAGUAGGUAGCAACACGACAACAUCACUGCGACCAUGCGUUUCGGCAAGACGCUCAAGCAGUCCAUGUACGAGCCAUGGCGGGACAAGUACAUUGAAUAUGAUAAGCUCAAGAGCCUCCUCCGAGAGGAUAGACCUGACGAUGACGAACCAUGGACCGAGGAGGAUGAGGUCCGCUUCUGCGACGAGAUUUUCAAUGUCCAGCUCGAAAAGGUCGCCCAGUUCCAGGAGGAGAAGAUGCAGGAGCUGCGUCAGCGAGUAGAUGCCGCCUUCGACAAGCUCAGAGAUCUGCCACCGGCCGAUUCCGAAAACAAGGACAAACCGACCGACGAAGCCCUCGCCCAACGACUCAAAGAACUCGAGGCCGAGCUGGAUGCCAUUACAAACGAAGUCAAGGAACUUCGAAAGUACAGCAAUCUGAACUACACGGGCUUCCUCAAGAUCGUCAAGAAGCAUGACCGGAAGCGUGGCGAUCGGUACAAGAUCCGUCCCAUCAUGCAGGUCAGCCUGUCCAAGCGGCCCUUCAACUCGGAGCAAGGGUACACGCCUCUGCUCAACAAGCUGUCGCUCUUGUACUUCGCCAUCCGCCAACAUCUCGAAGAGAAUGGUUCCGUAGAGCCGUACCAUCUCGAUCCCAUAAGUCAGCCCGAGACACACAACGGCGAGAAGUAUACGGCCUACAAGUUCUGGGUACACCCCGACAACCUGCUCGAGGUGAAGACGUAUAUCCUUCGUCGGCUCCCUGCCCUUGUUUACAGCCACCAGUCGUCCAAGGAAUGGGAUGGAGACGAGGACCCGACCAUCACAUCCUUGUACUUUGACAAUGCCAACUUCCAGCUGUACUACCAGAAGGUGGAACGUGAAGCCGAGGCGUCAUCGCUCCGCUUGCGUUGGUAUGGUCAAUUGAGCCAGAAUCCAGAGAUCGUGUUUGAGCAAAAGAUCAUACACGACAACGGCACUAGCGAGGAGCGCAAGUUCCCCAUUAAGGAGAAGUACAUCAAGCCCUUUUUGGAUGGCGAGUACAAGAUGGAGAAGUCGAUCCAGAAGAUGGAACGACAGGGCCAGAGCACCGCAGACGUGGAAGAGUUUCGUUCCACUGCCGAGGCGAUUCAGGAUUACAUUCGCAGCAACAAACUCGAGCCCGUCGUUCGCGCAAACUACGUCCGAACGGCCUUCCAGAAUCCCGGAGAUGAUCGCAUUCGCCUGUCUAUUGACACCGACAUUGCCUUCAUUCGCGAGGAUACCCUCGACCGCGAUAGGCCGUGCCGUGAUCCAAACAACUGGCACCGUACCGAUAUCGACGACAGCAACAUGACCUAUCCCUUCAAAAACAUCAACCAGAGCGAGGUGUCGCUGUUUCCCUAUGCAGUGUUGGAAAUCAAGCUGAAGGAAGACCAGAACCGCAAGCGACCUGUCUGGGUCACGGACCUGAUGGCCUCGCAUUUGGUCCACCCUUGCCCUCGCUUUUCCAAGUUCAUGCAAGGCGUCGCCUCUCUUUUCGAGGACUACGUCAACAGGUUGCCCUUCUGGCUGCCCGAUCUGGACACCGAUAUCCGCAAGGAUCCCCAAGUGGCCUUCGAGGAGGAGGAGGUGAAACGAGCCCACCGUGCACAGAACGAGCAAGUAGUCGGCAGUUUCCUCGGAACCAAACUAGGCAACUCGUUCAAGCCAUCUCGGAGCUCUCCAGUGGCCAAGUCAUACCUCGCCGAGCGGGUGGCGGCCGAGAGCAGCGGCGCCAAAGCGCAAACCCCCGCCUCCGGGGCGACAGACAGGACCCCUACCGCUGUUACUCCGGCCGGUGAACUCAACGAAAGCAGCAGCAGCCAGCAACAGGAUGGCGGCCAGCAACAAGGAGGCCGUAGCGAGUACGGCACCAUGACCCUCUCCUCCGUCUUCCCUGGCUUCUCUCUCUCCAAGUACUCCAAAGCCAUGCGUCUCAAGCGGGCCCAGGGCGAAGGCGGCCGCCGUGGCUCCGUGACCCUGCCGCCCGGCGUCGAGGAGCCUACCGAGUGGCUCAAGAACUCAGGCCCCUUGCAGAUCGAGCCCAAGGUCUGGCUGGCCAACGAGCGGACGUUCCUCAAGUGGCAGCACAUUUGCGUGCUGCUCGGCGGCUUGGCCAUCAGCUUGUACACAGCCGCGGGCAGGGGCACGGUGGCGGAGUGGAUUGCGGUUGGGUUCAUCAUCAUUGCGGCGUUUGCCGGUGGCUGGGGGUAUUUCUUGUUGCACUCGAGGAGGAAGAUGAUCAUUGAACGGAGCGGCAAGGACUUUGACAACUUCUUUGGCCCAUUGGUGAUCAGUGUUGCACUGAUGGUAGCGCUGAUUCUGAACUUUAGCUUUGCGUAUCGCGACUUCUUGGCUAGAGCUCAGGCUAGAGCUGCGGUUGAAGCUCUGUUCAUCCAAAGCAGCAACGCAUCGGCGAGUCACAUCGACCUGAGAUAGUGGUGUUUGUAGAGCUUGGUCGGUUGACGUGAGACUAGAAAAGAAAUUCAUGCUUGAUGAACGAAGGGAUAACAAAAGAUUGGAUACGGAAAACAAACUUGGUUAUGACUGCAUGAUUUGGGGAUCUGGCGUGUGGCCGAUGGUUGAGUAGAAGAAUGUCUCGACGGGGAUUGUGUUGAGGUAGGCAUACAUACAGUUUGGCAUGAUUGGAAGCAUCAAGAUUAGUAUGCAAGGGCACUUGAAUCGGUAACAUGUUGAUGGCUAUGGAAAGGGGGCAUGUCCCUCUCUUUCUCUCUCU